AUGUGGCGGGGCAGCGAUGAGCCUUCCGCCAUCUCCACGGCAACAGCCCGCGCAAUGGGGGGCGGGGUUGGGUCUCCGGGGCAACGGAAGAACCCCCUGUGCGGGGCAGCCCCGGGGGCGGCGUGGAACGGGCGUGGGCGCCAUGUCCAGCCGGUGAGGCCUGGCGUAGGGGGCUGGGGGAAGCCUGGGCCGCCCCUUGGCCCCGGGCCUGAUGUCCUGCUCUCUAGCACCUACACGAGGAUGUGGCUCGAGUCCCAGGCUGCCCUAAAGGAGCUGCUGGCCCAGGAGCUGCCGUCUCAGCCCCCACAGCCUGAGAAGGACCAGAAGCUAUUCUUCCACAUGCUAGCCACCCUGUUCCUGCGCUACACACAGAUCCUGCGCUGCCUGGAGGCCUGCUAUGACCAGAUGGUGCAUCCGCAGAAGCGCCGGGUGCUAGAGCACAUGCUCGAUGGGGUGAUGGGCCGGGUGCUGGAGCUCAAGAAUGAGAUGGUGGAGACUGAGCUCUCUGAGUAUCACUACAUGGAUGACGUGCUGCAGGACCUCAAGCUCACCCCAGCUGACAUGGAGGUGCCCAUCCCCAAGUACUUUGUGAACCAGAGAGCCAAGGCCCUGAAGGAGCGUCAGCAGGUGCUGUCUGAGAUCCUGGCCCGGGUGGAGCCUGGCAUGCCCUGUGGGCCAUCCCGGCCUGCCAUGCUGCGGGACGAGGCCGUGCAGCUGGUGCAGAUGGCAGAGCGGAUGCGCCAGGGCCGCCUGCGUUCCAAGUUCAUGUGGGAGAUCCGGCGGGACGAGGAGCGAGAGAGGAGGGCCCAGGAGAGUGGGGCCAAGGAGCUUGACCGUGAGCAGGCCGCCAUCUGCAUCCAAAAGGUCUGGAAAGGCUGCCUGCAACGCAGAUGCACUAAGCUGGAGAGACAGAGGGAGAUGGCUUUUAUCGGGAUGGCCCCAGAUCCCAAGGCCUUGGGCCUGUCAGGCACCAUGCUGCGGGCCCAGCUUGGGGAGGAGUUCCGACGCCUGCGGCAGGCUGACUAUGAAGCCGAGUACCAGCAGGCCCUGAUGAGCAUCCAGGAAGGGCUCUACGAGAUGGAGGGACCUGCCAUGAGGGAGGAGAUGAAGGAGCAGCUCCGGCAGUGGUUCAUCGAGUGCCACGACCUGACCGGCCGCUUCCCCGAAUUCCCUGACAAGGAGCUUGGAGGCUCCAGCAUCCUUUUUGCAGAAGAGACUCCAGAGCAGGUCAAAGCUGAGCUGGACCUCCUGGAAGAUGAGGGACAGAGGAAGAAGGAUAAGAAAGAUAAAGAGAAGACUAAGGAAGGAAAGCAGAAGAAAGGCAAGGACAAGAAACAGGAAGAAGAUGAAGGUUUGAAACUGGCUCUGUCCAAAUUCCUGCCAGUGAUCAGCGAGGGCUUCACACAGUAUCAGACCAUCUGGGGGAAUCGGGAUGAGUCCAAUAACUUUGAACAGCGCUACGAGCCAGAGUUGAUCAAAGCCCAGAAGAGGAAGGAGGUGGAGAAGGAGCUGCGCCUGCAAGUGGAUGAGCUGAUGCAAGAGGAGUUGCAGCUACUGAAACUGGCUGUGGAUCGAGAUGAGGGGAAAUCUCACAUGGCAAAGAAGAGCAACAAGCAAAAGAAAGGGAAGAAAGGUGGGAAAAAGGAGAAAGAUUUAACUCCGGACAGGACCCUGGACUCUCUGUACGAGGAGCUGGUGCUGCAGGGAAUCCUCAAGCAGGCCCAGCGCGUCCAGCUGGCUGACUACACGGGCGAUUUCUGUUACCUGGGCACUACCCUGCGCAUGGCGGGCAUUGAACCCACGCCCUCGGUGAUGGACAUCAGGCAGAACAUCACCCUGUAUGCCAUCCUUCGCCUGGGGUCCCCCACAGUGCACGAGCUAGCGCCCCUGGUGAAGUCCAUCCUGCUUGCUGGGCCUGCUGGAACUGGAAAGAAGAUGCUGGUCCAUGCUGUGUGCACCGAGACGGGUGCCAACCUCUUUGACCUGUCCCCAGACAACCUGGUGGGCAAGUACCCGGGGAAGGCUGGCCUCAGCAUGCUGAUGCACAUGGUGUUCAAGGUGGCCAGGUUGAUGCAGCCGUCUGUGGUCUGGAUCGGGAACGCAGAGAAAACCUUUUACAAGAAGGUGCCGAAAGAGGAGAAGCAGGCUGACCCCAAGCGUCUGAAGAGGGAUUUACCCAAAGCCCUGAAGCUGCUGAAGCCAGAGGAUCGGGUGCUGCUGAUCGGCACAUCGGACAAGCCCUAUGCAGCUGACGUGAAGAUGCUGUGCAAAGCCUACGAGCGGAUCCUCCUCCUCCCCCGGCCUGACUAUGCAUCCCGCUACGUGACCUGGCAGCGCCUGAUCAAGAAGCAUGGCGGCACCGUCACCACUGGCCUGGACGUCAGUGCCCUGGCCAAGCUCUCGGAUGGCUACAGCCAGGGGCACAUGGCACAGGCCGUACAGAUGGUACUGACUGAGCGGCGCCUGCUGCAGAUGCUCAAGAAGCCGCUGGGGGCAAGCGAGUUCCUGCAGCAACUGGCAAAGGCCGACCCCAUUUACAGAGAGGAGGAGAAGACACUGCAGGACUGGUACAUGAAGACUCCAUUGGGUAAGAAGCGACUCAAGGCAGCGCAGGAGACAGCAGACAAGAAGGAGGGAAAGGGGAAGGACAAGACAGGAAAGAAAGGGAAGAAAUAG